AUGUUUAGUCAACAUAUUGAUCUAAAAUCCAAUUCCUUUAUUAAAACUUCACAAAAAACUUUGCGAUUAUCACCAAUUAAAGGGAUGAUGAAUAUUAUAGGUAUAAUUUCCGGUGAUGUAUCCAAAAAAGUUUUAGCGUUAGAGGACCUUUGCAAAAAGAUUGUUCAUUUUUUCCUUCCUUCAGCCGACGUAUUAACGAUUUCGCAAAAAGAUCAAACAAUAUGUCUGAAUACUUCGUUGCAAAAGAAAGAAGUGACUCUUGGAGACACUGGUAAUAAAGUCCUUUUAUCAAAAAUAAAUGGUCAAAUAAAUGCUACUUCACACAAGUGCACGCAUUAUGGGGCACCGCUUGCGAAAGGAGUCAUAUCGAGCGAUGGACGUAUAGUUUGUCCAUGGCAUGCUGCUUGUUUUAAUGCUAAUACCGGUGAUAUUGAGGAUGCUCCAGGAUUGGAUAAUCUCUUCAAAUAUAAGGUAACAAUCAAAGGAGAGGAUAUUUACGUGGAGGCCGAGGAACAAGCAUUAAAAUCCGGAAAACGCGCGCCAAUUUGUAAAAAAGCUAUUUCACCAACCGACACAAAUACUGUGCUAAUUAUUGGUGGUGGCGCUUCAGGUAAUGCAGCCGCAGAAAAGUUACGCGAGGACGGCUUUACGGGACGGAUUUUAGUUUAUAGCCGGGAAUCGUACUUACCUAUUGACAGAACCAAACUUAGUAAAGGCCUUGAUUUCACCGCAGAGAAAGUGGCUAUUCGAAAAGAUUCAUUUUAUAAUGAUCUUGGGAUUUCUUUUCAUUUGGGGAUAGCAGCGACCGCUGUUGACACAAAAUCAAAAAUUGCCACUUUUGAUAAUGGCGAUAAAGUAGCAUUUGAUCAUUUGAUCCUUGCUACCGGUGCAGAUCCACGACCUUUGUUAGUUCCUGGGAUUGACUUAAAUAACGUGUUCUACCUUCGCACUGUGUCAGACAAUGCAAAAAUCAAACAAGCCAUGGGAACAGAUGUAAACGAGAAAAAGAAUGUCGUAAUCAUAGGAUCGUCGUUUAUUGGAAUGGAAGUAGCUUCAAUGUUAGCCAAGAAAGCCAAUGUCUCUGUGAUUGGGAUGGAAAAGGUCCCUUUUGAAAGAAUUCUUGGUGAAAAAGUCGGGUCUGCUAUAAAAAAACUCCACGAGAAUAAUGGGGUUAAACUUUAUUUAAAUGCUAUUGUAAAGAAUAUUGAAUCAUCAACUGUGGACUCAAGCACAGUUGGCGCUGUUGUAUUGUCAGAUGAAACAAAGAUUCCGGCCGAUCUUGUAGUAGUUGGAGCAGGUGUUGUUCCUGCCACGGAUUUCUUGAAAAGUUCACCGGAAUUUCCGCUUGAACGGGAUGGCAGUUUACGUGUAAAUGAGUACUUUAAAGUGGAAGGGCUUGACAAUAUCUACGCGAUAGGUGAUAUCGCAAGAUAUCCAUAUCAUCUCACCAAUGAAAUAUUACGAAUUGAACAUUGGUCAUACGCCGAAAACACCGGACGCGCUGUCGCAUCAGUAAUCGCAAAAAACGAACCAACACCAUACCAAAAAAUUCCCUUCUUUUGGAGCUCUCAACACGGUAAAGGAUUGCGAUACGCAGGAUACGCGGCUAGUUUCGACGAUGUGAUUUUUCAUGGGAAUUUGGAUGAAUUUUCUUUCGUGGCUUAUUAUUCUCGAGGAGAAAAAAUUAUCGCCGUAGCUUCGAUGGCGAAAGAUCCUAUCGCAUCACAUAGUGCUGAGUUACUGAGACUCGGUAAAUUCCCAACUAAGUCGGAAAUUCGGGAUGGCAAGAGUCCUCUAGAUGUGCCACU